CGAAUAAGCCUAAUUUUAUUGAUUUUUGAGUGAAUCGUAGCGGGUAGGCGGGUCAGUCUAGUGAAUUUAAUGUAAUUGAACUACUCACAAUUAAUCAAAAUAAUGGCAGCGGUACGAAUAAUUAACGACGAUCGUCAUUUCAACGGCGAGUUGACAAAUGCCGGGCAAAAACUCGUCAUCGUAGAUUUCACAGCGAGUCGGUGCGGACCUUGUCAGAGAAUCGCCCCGAUAUUCGAGCAACUGUCCCUCAAGUAUCCCAAGGCGGUGUUUCUGAAGGUGGAUGUGGACAAAUGCACGGAUACCGCCUCGAUAGAGGAUGUCAGAGCGACGCCUACCUUUGUCUUCUACCGUAGGCGUACGAGACUGGGCCACUGUCAAGGCGCAGAUCCAGUGAUAUUGGAAUCCAAGAUCCAGCUCAUUCAGCAGUUCUAUGGCAGCGGUGAUGCCGACGACGCAAACAACUCGGGUAGGGCAAAUUCCCUACCCAGCCGAAACACUGUACGAAACACUGAAAAAGCCUACUAUCAUAUCUUUGGAAUGAUUUUACUCGUCACGGUUCUGUUUUUUCUGGAAUAAGUAUGAAU